AAGCAACGCAAGAAACCAACGCUCGGUCGGCCCAAGCGCUACCACGCCACUUCCCAAUAUCUCUCCCAUCAUGAACCCCCAAAGCAAGUAUGGAGGCCUCUCCAUGCGCAACAUUAUGAUCCGGAAGAAGCUUGCCGAGCGCAAGCGCUUCGACUCUGCCGACUACGCCAUGCAGCAACAGAUCCCUUCAACCAACGACGCCGUCGACAGUGGCCGACCGUUGAACCUGCACAUUUCUACCGACCCCGCUGUCCUCCACCGCGUGGCAAGUUCACAUGUAGAUCAUGUGCAAUCCCCCGUUGUUCAGAUCGGUAUGGCGGCAUUCUUUGACAGUAUGAGCGAUGACACGUGCAUGGCCACAGCCCCGAACUCGCCAUUGGUAGAAGCGAUGACUUUGUCUCCCGCGAAUCGUCAAAUCAGCGCCUCGUCAUCCGAAACCGCUGUCGCCAAUUCACAGCAGCAGAACGCCAAGUAUGGGGCGCUGUCUGCACGAAACAUCAUCUUGCGACGGAAACUGGCCCAUACCACCACACAUUUCGAUUCGGCCGACUACCAGCUGCAGAAAUACGGCCACGGAAAUGGCAUAGAAGGGACUGCGGUGAAUUAUUCCGUGUCAGCACCCGUGAACGACGACAUUGAGUUUGCAGGUGCCGUUGGAGCCACCGUCGACGCCCAAGUCGCCGUGCCCGCACAAUUACUGGUCGCGCCGACAAAUUAUGGAAAAUUGUGCGCGCAAAACAUUCUAAUUCGAAAGAAGCUGAAGGAACGCAAGCGAUUCGACUCGGCAGAUUAUUCUAUGGAACACAGCAAUCCGUCGACGACGUCUGCGUCCGCCGCCGCCGCCGCAGCGCAAGCGGCCCGGUCGAUCACGUCCGACCAACAUCAACCAAAGCUGCUUAAGAUCUCUGUCGACUCGCCCAAAGCCGCCAAGGACGGAAGCAGCAGUCGGGACCUGUUUUCCCCCACGAGUCGCGUGGCGGCGCGGAAUGUGUUUCUCCAACGCAGGUUACAAGAGCGGAAGCGGUUCGAUUCGGCCGAUUACUUUCAAGAAAAGCAGCAGCAGCAACAACACCCUUAACUUAAAACGUCCAUCGUUCGUUCGUUAUCGUUUCAAUCCAAAGUUAUGUUUCUGGAGGGUGGCACGAUUGAUCGAUGCUGACGCUCUUGGGAAAGGGACGGACGUGGCCAUGCAACGGCAAAAUGCC